AUGGCGAUUCCGAACAGCAGAAACUUCGCCAACUGCUACAUGGAGCUGUGCAAACAGCAGCGCCUGCGUCCUUUACCGGUCAUCUGUGUGACGUUGCCCCACAGUCUAGACUUCACCACCGACCGCGUGAAAAUGGACGACUGGUGUCCUAUUUUAAAUUCCCUGUCGCUCGAUCGUAGCCUACGAUCGAUCAGCGUUCGCAGUAGGUACCAGUGUCGCAAGCCUCUGGAGGAGAUCAAUUCCGAGGACAAGGCUAGGACAAUGGGCAAGGCACCUGUCGUGUUAUCACGGUAUCUCCUAGAAUGGCUGUCUCACAGUGUCGCUCAAUGUGUCAGAAAUUCACCGGUUCUGACUAACCUAGAACUGGAAGGUAUCCCAUUUCCGCCAGACUGUUUGGCGGUGUUGUGCGUGGGUUUGUCACACACACACACGCUUCACUACUUGUCGCUUCAGCGUUGUUACAUCGGGGACAAUUCCUGCGAGGUGUUGUGUCGCACAGUGGCGGACGUUCCAAGCGUUAGAUCGUUGAAUCUGAGCUACUGCGAUCUGACGUGCAAGUGUGGACCGUCUUUGGCAGCUGCGUUGUCCAGGCAGAAGCUGCUGCUCUAUCACGACACCUGGAAGCAGUCGCUGAGAUACCAGGAGCCGAAUCUCGAGGCUAUGCCGGGCUUGCGUCGAUUGACGUUGAACGAUAAUCCUCAGCUGGGUGACGUAGCUGUGUGUGAAUUAAUCGAAGCUGUGAGAGACAGCCUGUGGUUGAAAGCUCUGGACCUACAGCGCUGUGGAGUAUCCGAUAAGAUUGGCAAGGACCUGUUGGAGCUACUGGAUCACAAUACUACCUUGAACGUGCUGGACAUAAGGCAAAAUGUGAAUUUGAACGAGGCACUGGUGAAGGAAGUGAUCAAGAGGCUAGAAGAGAACAACGUUAACACGAAGCCCGAGUACAGGUGGUUGGGUCUACCUCAGCAGGAUCGAAGAGUAGCGUCAGCAGGCAGCGGGAAGAGAAACGAAAGAGAGAAUAACGGGAAACCUCCGGUUAGGCCACGCAGCGCUGUCGUGGAUCACUCUAAAGGUCCUUAUCAGUCGAUAUCGAGGAGAACGAAUUUAGUGAACACCAAGAAGAUGAAAUUAAAGCCUCAUAUCCCACCGUAUAAUAAAGGCAGACAGCAACAGCAGGUAGUUCAAAACGGUCAGCCAAAGUCGAAAGUGUCUCUUCAUCUGGACCUUCAGUCGCAUAUUCAACCUGUGAUGGAACAGGCUGGUCAAAACCCCGAAAAUCUUCAGAAUGGAAGCAGCAUUCAGCCCGACAGCGAUAGAAGUUCUUCGAAGAAUUUAGAGUUAGCGAAAGUGGACGUAGGAACGCAGGUAGCUGGCGGCUUGAUCACGGACGAUUCAGCUAGAAUUCAGAAGAUCCAGGUGCAGUUAGCCGAGGCACAGGCAGAGCAUGAUCGUUUGCUCGAGGAAACGAGGCGAAGUGGUUUGCUGUUGAUCGAGGAGCGAGGACGUCGCGAGGCUGCUGAAGAUCAGUUGCAGUCGAUGAAGACCAAUCUGGUAGAAUUAGAAAACGCUCUGAAAGAGAAGGAGCAAGAAACCAGCGGAUUUCUGUUGCUCAGCCAGCAAUCCUUGGACGAGAUCUGUAACUCUUUCGAUCGGCUGCUGGACAUGCUGGACAGUGCGACGAAGAAUCCAAGCGGGAGUAAAAGGGAGAGCAUCGAGGCUGCUAUCGUUAAGGCUGACAUAAAGAGGCGCGUUGAUUCCGUGAUCAGGCAAACGAAAUCUGAGAAUCUGAGACGUGGUUUCGUCGUGGACGUCCAGGAGGACGAUUCGAUCAGGUACACGGAACCGGUGAAGAAGUUCGCCAAGUCGGAGAGCGACGUGAGGAACGUUCUUCCGCCGAUCUCGACGCUGCAUCUCGAGAAGAACAUAGGAGACAGCCCAGAUAUUUGUUCGCCUACUCUGGAGAGAAUUCAGCAUCGCGACAAAGUGUCGUUGUCUCCUAGAGCAAGGGCCAGGGAGUUGUUCGCUCAGAUCGUUCACGGAAACGCGGUGCUCGAUUUUUGCACUCACGUGGAUUAA